ACAACUUCUUAAAGUGCAAAAAGAAAGCAAAAUGGGAUACCCAUCCACCAGUCUUUUCUUCAUAAGAAGCUUCACAAUAAUCUUGUUAUCAAGCUGCAUAAUCAUUGAUUUUGAUCUCUGCUUCUCCACUGUCCCUUCUUCUUCUUCUUCUUCUUCCCUCGAGGCGCUUCGCCUCGAGGGCCAUUUCACCUUCGAAAACAACGAGUUUGCGGCCCGGGAUUUUGGGAACAGGUACCAUUUCCACCCUCUGGCAGUGCUGCACCCAAAGUCUGUUGCAGAUAUUGCCGAGACAAUCAAGCAUGUGUGGCGAAUGGGGCCCGGCUCCGGCCUCACUGUCACGGCCCGGGGCCACGGCCAUUCCCUCCAGGGCCAAUCGCAGUCCCAGCAAGGCAUCAUAAUAAGCAUGGAGGCCCUGGGCGGGCGCGAGCUUCGUGUUCACACUGCAGGAGAGUCCCCCUUUGUUGAUGUCUGUGCUGGGGAGCUAUGGAUAACUGUGUUGCAUGAGACUCUGAAACAUGGAUUGGCCCCCAAAUCCUGGACGGAUUACCUGCAUAUCACCGUGGGUGGCACCUUGUCUAAUGCCGGGAUUAGCGGUCAGGCAUUCCGGCAUGGCCCUCAGAUCAGCAAUGUUCAUCAGCUCGAGGUUGUCACAGGAAAAGGGGAAGUGGUGAAUUGUUCAAAAGAGCAGAAUGCAGACCUCUUCCAUGGAGUUCUGGGAGGGCUUGGGCAGUUUGGGAUCAUAACUAAAGCAAGAAUCUCAUUAGAGCCUGCACCAAAGAUGGUGAAGUGGAUUCGGGUUCUCUAUUCGGAUUUCUUCGCCUUCACUCGGGACCAGGAGAAGCUGAUAUCUGCAGAAAAGACAUUUGAUUACAUAGAAGGAAUGGUGAUCAAGAACAGGACAGGUCUGCUGAACAACUGGAGGGUCUCCUUUGAUCCACAGGACCCAGUUCAUUCCAAAGAAUUUGUAUCAGAUGGAAGAACACUUUAUUGCCUUGAAGUAACCAAAACCUUCAAUCCUGAAAACUCAGAUACAAUAACCCAGGAAAUUGAGGGCAUGUUAUCCCAAUUAAGCUACAUACCAUCAACUCUCUUCAUGUCAGAAGUUUCUUAUGUAGAAUUCUUGGACAGAGUUCAUACAUCAGAGAUAAUAUUGAGAGAAAAAGGAUUAUGGGAUCUCCCACACCCAUGGCUCAACCUUCUCAUUCCCAGAAGCAAAAUACACUCUUUUGCUUCACAUGUUUUUGGCAACAUUCUAACAGACACAAACAAUGGCCCUGUUCUUAUCUACCCAGUGAACAAGUCAAAGUGGGACAACAGAACCUCAGCUGUUCUCCCAGAAGAGGAUGUUUUUUACCAGGUUGCAUUCCUUUACCAUGCAAAUCCCACUUCCAAUGGAACUGAUGGCUUAGAACACAUAUUAACCCAAAACCAAAAGAUUCUGGAUUUCUGUGAGGCUGCCCAUCUUGGAGUGAAGCAAUAUUUACCUCAUUAUGUGACACAGGAACAGUGGCGGGCGCAUUUUGGUCCGAGGCGCUGGGAAGCCUUUGUACAGAGAAAAUCAGCUUAUGACCCUUUAUCUAUUCUUGCUCCUGGUCACAGGAUUUUCCAGAAGGAAAUAUCUAGUUCAUAAUACUGCUUCAAAUCAAACCAGAAUAUAUAAUAUAAUCACCUCUGCAACUCAACCAGAAAAUGGCCUGCAGGCUGCAGCAUCAGAAUUAAAGUAGAUGGUGCAUAGUUACAGCAUAUUGAGUCUACUUAUCUGCAUAAUUGCAACCAAUGUAUAAAGGAUAACUUUAUUAUUUCAUUUAGAAGAUCUGUAACUCUGUAAGAGAUGCAAAACUAUUAGAAUAGGCUUCUUUUUUCUCUGAGAAUGCUAGAAAAUGUUAUCCCAAUCAAUGCAGAAUCUAUGUACUGAAGUUCAAGCAAAUAAACAUACAUUGGCAGAUAAA